AUGCUUUCCCGUAACACCAAGUUAUUAGCUCUUAAAAGCUUUAAUAGGGUGUGUAAAAGGAAUGUUACUAUGACGACGGAGUUGGAGUCGACUCUACUGACCAAACCGUUACAUCCUGUUGUGGUUAUUGGAGCAGGCCAUGCUGGUAUCGAAGCUGCCACUGGAUCAGCAAGGACUGGGGUAUUGACUUCGUUAAUUACUCCAGAUUUAUCAAAAAUAGGUACAUGUUCGUGCAACCCUUCUAUGGGAGGAGUUGGAAAGGGGACGCUUCUUAGAGAAGUUGACGCUCUAGAUGGUGUCGCCCCGAAGAUCGUAGAUAAAGCUGGUAUCCAGUUCAAAAUUUUAAACAGGUCAAGAGGCCCAGCAGUUUGGGGCCCACGGGCACAGAUAGACAGAAAGAUCUAUUUAGAAGAGAUGCAAAAGGAACUAGAGGGAUAUCCAAACUUGAACAUCGUCGAAGGUAAAGUCGAAGAUCUACUGAUUGAACCACCAGCCCAAACCAAGACCAGUACAGAUGUCGAAGGAAGAAGCUUCGGCAGAAUUAGAGGCCUUGUAUUGGAUUCAGGUGACUUAAUUAGAGCUGAUAAAGUAAUUAUAACUACAGGAACAUUCUUAGGUGGAGAAAUUCAUAUUGGCCUAAAUUGUUAUCCUGCUGGUAGAAUUGGUGAAGAUGCCACAUUUGGACUCAGCAAAACUUUGAAUGAGGCGGGAUUUCGCCUUGGAAGACUGAAGACAGGGACUCCUCCUAGAUUAUCUUCCAAAACUAUUGAUUAUUCAAACCUGGAGGUACAGCACGGGGACGACCCACCUCAACCAAUGUCUUAUAUGAACGACACCGUACGGAUAAACGAACAACUACGAUGCCACGCAACAGAAACCACUCCAGAGAUGCACGAUUUAAUUCGUUCUAACUUAGAUAAAUCCAUCCAUAUCAGAGAAACCGUUAAAGGACCUCGCUAUUGUCCUUCAAUCGAAUCGAAAGUUAUUCGCUUUGCAGACAAAACAAAGCACACCGUUUGGCUGGAGCCUGAAGGCAUCGAUAACGAUGUUGUAUACCCUAAUGGUAUCAGCUGUACUAUGCCUGAAGAUAUCCAGUUGCAAAUGGUACGAAUGAUAAAAGGCCUAGAAAAGGUUAACAUGCUUCAACCUGGUUACGGUGUUGAGUAUGAUUAUGUUGACCCAAGAGAACUUAAACCUACCCUAGAAACGAAACUGAUAGAGGGUUUAUAUCUAGCUGGACAGAUAAAUGGAACAACAGGUUACGAAGAAGCUGCUUCUCAGGGUGUGAUUGCUGGAGUAAAUGCGGCCUUGAGCCAACAGAAUAAACCUCCACUAAAGUUAUCCAGGUGCGACGGAUACAUUGGAGUCUUGAUAGAUGAUUUGAUAACGAAAGGUGUUCAAGAACCCUAUCGUAUGUUUACUUCUCGUUCCGAAUUCAGAGUCAGUGUACGUUCCGAUAAUGCUGACCUGAGACUAACUCCAAAGGGACGAGAUGUUGGCUGUGUUGGAGACGAACGAUGGGAUCAUUUUUUGAAAGAGAAAGAGCUUCUGAAUACCACCCGUGAUUAUUUGACAAAAUUCAAACAAUCUAGUGCCAAGUGGAGGCAGUCUUUGGGAAUCAACAUUAGUGACGAUUCUAAACCAAAAACUGCCUUUGACAUACUCAAAUACCAAAAGGUUGGAAUGAAGGAACUUUUCCCUUUGCUUAAUUUCCCACAUAAGGCAGAUCUUUCGGAUAGAAUACUGCACAAGUUGACAGUAGAGGGGUUAUAUGCAGGUCACCUGAAAAAAGAGAUUGGAUAUAUCAAGGCAUUCCAAUCUGAUGAAAAUUUGUUGCUUCCAACUGGAUUUGACUACAGAGAUGUACCAGCAUUGAGUUCUGAAGUUGUAAAUCUUUUGAACACUAUACAACCGGAAACAAUAGGCCAAGCUAGAAGGAUUCAGGGAGUUACGCCAGCGGCAUUCUUUGAACUUUAUCGUUUGAUUAGAUCGAGCUCAAGCCAAAGGGCUAUGCGAGCUCAGAGGGAUGUGGAGCUAUAA